UUACACUGAUAGAGAUCCGCAGGCGUGAUGCCUAGAUUGGCCAGGCCAUUUGAGAAGCUGAUGAAGCCACUUCCUGUCCCCACCUUGCCCUUUCUUUGGGGGAAACUGGGGGUUGCUGCUCUCAGCUUGCAGGGAGAGAUCCUCGGUCUAAUCCGUCGGUGCUUCACCUCGCUGAAGGAAAUGGCCGAAGGCGAGAGGAUAGCCAAUCUGAAAACAGAGGAACAGGAUCCGGCAGGCCCCAGGUUAUGGGAUGGCAUGGAGGAAGGCACAAGCAAAGGCCCACCAGUUAAAAAUUUGGUCAGCGGAGCCAAGUUGGUUUUGACGGAGGAAGCGUCACAGCGGGUUAAGCAGGAACCGAGCGAAGGUGUGCUCCAGCAAUGCUGGGAAGGCCAGUGGCAGGCCUUCCUGAAGGCCGUGCGGUCCCCUUGCUUGGGAGGGAUCCACCUGCAGGUGCCCCAGCCCGCACUGAGGGAAGACAUCAAUGAAUGUCAGGUCACUUCUGAGGGAGUGUUCAAAGCUGGCCAGCGGCCCCGAGGAGAAAGCGGCGAUGAGAUCCUGGACUCCUCUGGAGAACAGGUCAAAGUAGAGGUUCUGGACAAGGAUCCCGUGGACUUGGAGGUGCGAUGCCGGCAUUUCAGGCAGUUCCGCUAUGAGAAAGCCAAGGGCCCCCGAGAAGUCUUGAGCCGACUCCGGGAGCUUUGUCGCCGGUGGCUGAAGCCGGAGAGACACACCAAGGAGCAGAUCCUGGAGCUGGUGGUUCUGGAGCAGUUCCUGGCCGUCCUGCCCCAGGGAAUACAGGGUCAAGUCAGGGAGCAGGACCCAGAGACCUGCACCCAGGUGGUGGCCCUUGUGGAGGAUUUCCUGAUGAGGCAGGAAGAUGCCAGGAGUUGGGAUCAGCAGGUGCUGAGGCCUUCUGGAGAAACGGCUGCGAAUUCCUAUGAGGCAAGCCAGGUUCCUCCCAACUUUUGGAAAGGGCAACUCUGCAGUGCGGCUGGUCAGGGAAAGGACAAAACUGCAGACUUGACAGGUAACCGGCAAGUGCAUGAGAAGGAGGCGGUUGGCCUUCAAAAGGAACGUUCUGAGCAAGUGGAACCAAACGAUGCAACCUUGAGAAGAGAAAAAGGUUUCAAGAAGUACAGGAAGGGAAUAACAUUUGGGAGUCAGCAGGAAGCGGAAAGAGAACCAAAGAGAACUGUUUCCUGUCUGGAAGAUAACAAGGAUGGGGAAGAAAACAGGGUCCAGCCUCAUGACAGGCAAACAACCUGUGUGGAUCCCAAGAGAAGCUUCUGGCCCACUCUUAACCAUCAGAGAAUCCCCGCUGGAGAGAAACCCUAUAAGUGCUCUUUCUGCGGGAAUAGCUUCACUCGGACAUGGGACCUCUUGGUACACACGAGGAUCCACACCGGAGAGGCCCCAUAUAAGUGCUCCUACUGUGGGAAAAGCUUCAGCCGUGGUUCACUCUUCAGGGAACACGUGAGAACCCACACGGGUGAGAGGCCCUACAAGUGUUCGCACUGCGGGAAGAGCUUCAACCGGAAACGCUACCUUAUCACUCACGAGAGAAUCCACACGGGGGAGAACCCGCCUCUGUGCCUUUAUUGUGGGAAAAGCUUCUCUCAGAGGGCCAGCCUCAUUGCCCACGAGCGGAGCCACACGGGGGAAAUCCCGUACAAAUGCAGUCACUGCGACAAAAGUUUCUCCCAGAAGUCCAAGCUCGUCAUACAUGAGAGAACCCACACGGGAGAGACUCCCUUCAAGUGCCCUGAGUGUGGGAAAAGCUUCAGCCAAAAGGGGAACCUUAGGACACACAUGAGAAUCCACACCGGAGAGAAGCCUUUCAAAUGCCUGCUUUGCAUGAAAAGCUUCUCUCAGAGGGCCAAACUCCUUGUACACGAAAAAAUGCAUACCGAAGCAUUUGGUACAACAGAGGAGACUACGUAGGUUUUGUAGGAGAAUUGAGGUUAAGACAAAUUUGUGAGAGGAUAAACUGCAUGACUCCGAACGCCAGUGGUUGGGGAAUGAUUUCGGGGAGCUGUUGUUGCUUUGUCCUGCUUUUGGGCUUCUCAUUGGGGCAUCUGCUUGGCCAUUGUGAGGAACAAGAUUCUCACGAAGAUGGGCCUUUGCUCUGAUCCUGCAGGAUUCUUCUUGUGUCCUUUUUGAGCUGGGAGACAAGAAACUUCCCCCAUGUAAAUCUCACCUCCUCCUCCUGGGUGGCAAUAGGUAGAGCACAGGCGGCUCUGGGUGUUUGCUGAAGUACAUCUCCCAUCGUCCCUGGCCAUUGGCUGUGCUGGGUGUUGCUGAUGGGAGCUAGCAUCCCAACAACCCGUGGAAGCUCCUCGCCCAAUCUCCUUGAUCCCCAGCCCCUGAUCUGUUGAACCAAACUGGACUUGAUGGGAGUAUAUUGUGCUCCAGGCUUGGUUUGGUCAGAAUCGAGUGUACACUUCCAGAGUUGACACUGGCUGCCCCAAAGCAUCCUGGGAACUGUCAUUUUAGGACAUUGCCAGCUUCCAUGAACCCCCUCACAGAACUACCAUGCCCAUAGUUUUCUGCCAAGAGGGGCUGAGUGUUUAAACUACUCAGGGGAUUGUAGGUCUGCGAAGGGGAGGGAGUACCCACACUACACAGUGCGACAUUUUGCGGCAUAUUCCCUCAUUUUUUGCUUCCAGCCUGGCUUGUUUCUGGAUUCAGAGCAGGGCUGAGAGCGACGCAUGUCUAGUAUGGCCACUUAUGGGUAUAGUAGUGUGGUAUGGCUUAUGGGUGUGAGGGGCUGGUAGUCCUCCAGACGAUAUUUGGACUUCCAGGGCUGGCUCGCCCAGGGUAUUCUGCCGCUGAGGCAAAACAGUGGUGCUGCUGCACCCUCAACAAGUCCUGCCCCACACACCUGCUGAGGGUGACUCCCUGUGUCCCCCACAUAUGACACGGCCAACUCCAAUGCUGCCAUUCCCCCCCCCCCAAA